AAAAAGAAAAAGUCACGUUGAAAUAUAGUUUUGACAUUUGUGGCAUCUUGUUUCACAUUUUUUCAAGAUGGUUGAGGCUGAUUAUUCAUUUCUUGAAGACAAUUCAGUGACGGAAGAGAGCUGUAAAGAGGUGAUGAUGGAGCUUAUAGACGAAGUCACACUGGGCCUGUGUUUUGAAGUCCACCGAUCGGCGCGGAUUGGAACCCUGUUUCUAGGAGACUCUGAUCCGGUGUCAGAAAAAAAUCAUGAAGUGAUAACUCGGCCAGGAGUGGAUGUGUUUGGUCAGGUUCCAACGAAAAAACAGUUUGAGUGUGUCUGUCCACACUGCCAGCGCCACCUGGCGGCAUCCCGGUUUGCCCCACAUCUCGAGAAGUGUAUGGGCAUGGGACGAAACAGUUCACGUAUAGCCAGUCGAAGAAUAGCCCACAACACAAAGCGGGACAGCGACGACAGCGCGGCAGAAGAUGACAAUGACAAUGAGUGGACACUUGUGGCUGAUAAAAAAGGAAAGAAAUUGAAGAAGGACAAGGGGUUGAUAGUCAACUCUCCGAGAAGAAGUAAAACUGGACGAUUUAUCAGUAAAGUUGAGGAUCGAAGUGAUACCCCAACGAACGAGAGGUCAUCCACCCCAGAUUCUAGUACUUUGAGUUAUGAGUAUAUGACAAUAGAGGACAGAAAAGCUUUGUUAUUACACACUUGUGGGGUUAUAUCUGAGAAGACAAGCAAGAUGUGUACACGGUCGGUGCGGUGUCCUCAGCACACUGAUGAACAGAGACGUCAAGUGAGAAUCACACUCCUCAGAUCAGCCAGUGGUACUGGAGAUGCAGAAGAUAUUCAUGUCGACAUCGACAGCUAUGAUGAUGCGGAGAAUCAGUCGCUACGGGAAACGCUUCAGUGGGAAGCUUCUUCCAAUUCUUCCCCCGCCGAUUCCAACUCCACCAAUAACAGUACAGGUUCAAGGAAGAGGACACGCAAACCAUCGGGCUCAAAAGGAAAUAAAAAUAAAAAGUUGACGAAGUCUGGAUCCGCGAAUAAUUUAAGUGGGAAUAACAACUCCACUUUGUAUGACUUCAGCUGAGAACCUCGGUUAUUAGAGAACUGGCCGUAACACUUAUUCACUGAAUUGUACGCACCAAGUCUGAUUUUUAAAGGUACUUUACUAGCAGACCUGUCAACCUUUAGUCGAGAGAAAGCAGGAGGUGUGUGUUGAAAAAGCAGGAGAUUUUGUAAAAAAAAAACACCCAGAUUUGUUUAAUGCACACAAUUGAACCCAAAAUCGCAAGUGUUUUGUAAAAGUUAUUACAAUAAGUUACAUGAACACUACAUAAUGUUGCAUAUACAUGUUAACUGUAGAUCUUGAAAUUAAUAAAUAAAUUAAUUAAUUAAAAAAAAUAUAUAUGUAUUAUUAUUUUUUGUUUUAAGUUUAAAUAUUAUUAUUAUUUAAUACAUAUUGUUAAAAAAUAACUUUUAUUCAAAAAUGCUAAGAACAUAAACAAGAAAUUAAAACAUUAAUUAGUAUGUUUACAGUAUUACACUUACAGGUUGCAUCAUCGUUAUUUGUAGUUUUUGUACCUAAGUAACUAAAACAAAUUUAUACAAAUCUUAUAAAUUAAUAUUAAGUUUUUACUAUAAUGAGGAACAGUGGCGUGGUACUUACUUAAAAAUCAUUAUAAUGAUGCAAUAAACAUUGUAUUUCCAUUAAU